CCAGGCCCUUGGCGCCAGGGAAUCUUCCAUCUCCAGCCUUGUCCUUAGAGGAAGAAGAGGAUGAGGACGACGAAGACGCGGCGGAGCCAGAAGGGCUGCGCAGCGAGGAGCAUCCGAGCCAGUUUUUCGCGGAGGCACAGCGGCUGCGGGAGCAGAAGUUGCUGCUAGACCAAGAGUGCAUCGAGCAGCCCUGGCCUGCGGCAGUGAGUUCUUUGGGGCCAUGCUUCUAAGUGGGAUGAGAGAAUCCCAGGGCACGGAGGUGUCUCUACAUACCAUGUCUACCCAGGACCUGCGACUCCUCGUCUCUUUUGCCUACUCUGGGGUUGUGCGGGCAAGGUGGCCAGGACUUCUGAGAGCUGCCCAGGCUGCUCUUCAGUACCAGAGCUCUUCCUGCCUGGAUUUGUGUCAGAAAGCAUUGGCAAGGGGCCUCAAUCCUGCCCGUUGCCUGGCCCUAUUUCCCAUGGCUGAAGCCCCUGGGUUGGAGAGGCUCUGGAACAAAGCACGUCACUACCUCCUUACCCACCUGCCUGCUGUGGCUUUGUGCCCCACUUUCCCUAGUUUACCAGCUUCCUGCCUGGCUGAAUUGCUGGAUAGCGAUGAGCUCCACGUGCAGGAGGAGUUUGAGGCCUUUGUGGCUGCACGGAGUUGGCUAGAUGCUAACCCUGAGACCCAGGAGUCAGAUGCCAAGGCCCUGCUGCAAUGUGUCCGCUUUGGCCGAAUGUCCACCAGGGAGCUGCGGAGGGUGCGGGCAGCUGGGCUACCCCCAUCUCUGUCUCCAGACCUGCUGCACCAGCUGAUGGUAAAGGCCGAUAUUCCAGGCCCAGAGAGGCGGAGGGAGCCUGACCAGGCACUGGUGGUGAUUGGUGGGGAUGAAAUCAGAUCAGACAUGGCCCUAAGACAGCCAUCCCGAGGAGUGUGGUGGGCUCGGGCCUUCUGCUGUGGCAUGGGACUGGUACGAACUGUGGAAUGGGGGCGAUUGCCUGCCCUGCCUGCCCCAGGGCGCUUCCGGCAUGGGGCUGCGAGUGUGGCAGGAAAUGAACUCUAUGUGUGCGGGGGACAGGAUUUCUACAGCAACUCCAACACCCUGGCCUCAACUCUCAGGUGGGAGCCAAGUCAAGAGGACUGGGAAGAGAUGGCACCUUUGCACCAGGCUCGGAGCUUAUUCCCCUUGGUGGCACUAGAUGGACAACUUUAUGCCCUGGGUGGAAGAGACAAUGGUGUUGCCCUCAACUCUGUGGAGACCUAUAACCCUGAGCUCAAUGUCUGGAGGCCAGCACCUGCACUUCCAGCACCAUGCUUUGCUCACGCAGCUGCCAUUUUGGAGGGCCGAUUGUACAUGAGCGGAGGAUGUAGUGGAACUGGCCAAUACCUGGCCUCAUUGCUACACUAUGACCCUAAACUUGAGAAGCCAGGGACAUUUCUGAGCCCUAUGGGGGUACCUCGGGCUGCCCAUGUCAUGGCUGCUCUGGGUGGGCGAUUGUAUGUGGCAGGUGGCCUAGGUGAGACUGGGGACCUACUGAGCUUUGAGACCUAUGAACCAAAGACUGAUAGCUGGACUCAGCUGACACCCCUGCCCUCCCCUCAUGUGGGGGCUGCAGGUGCUGUGCUGCAGGGGGAGUUCCUGGUGCUGGGGGGUUACAGUCACCAGACUUAUGCCCUCUCCCACCUUGUCCAUGCCUACUGUCCUGGUCUGGGCCGAUGGCUAUGCCUGGGGACUCUGCCAAGGCCUCGGGCUGAGAUGCCUGCCUGCCUCCUGACACUUCCCACUGUGCAAUGCAUGGCUUUGGGUAACACCCUGCACCAAACCAAACCUGCUGGGUGAAGGGGGAGCAGCAAUGUAUGGCGAGGAGGAAGGGAUAAG